GUAAAAAUCAUCAGGUAACAGAAAAAAAACAAAAGUUUGAAAAAGAAAUCAAAAUUAAGAAUAUCGAAAAAAGAAAAUGGCAGGGAACGAUUGGAUAAACAGUUACUUGGAAGCGAUAUUGGACGUAGGACCGGGACUGGAUCAAGACAAGAAGAAUUCGUCAUUGAUGUUACGAGAAAGAGGCAAAUUUAGUCCCACCAGAUACUUUGUUGAAGAAGUUAUCACUAAAUUCGACGAAACCGAUCUUCGUCGUUCUUGGGCUAUGGCCUCGUCCAUCAGGGAUUCGCAAGAAAGAAACACACGAUUAGAGAAUAUGUCUUGGAGGAUUUGGAACUUGGCACGCAGAAAGAAGAAGCUAGGCGAAGAAUCUCAACAAAGAAAAAAACAAAAAAAUGGACUAGCGAGGGUUCCUAAACCUUUGAUUGCAGACAUUCCAGAAGAGUCAUCCGAAGGAGAGAGAUUGGAUACAAUCAGCGAGAUGUCACCAAAAGGUGUUAGCACUAAAGGUGGAAUGAAAAGAAUUAAUUCAAUGGAUGUGUUGAAAAAUUUUGCUACUCAACAGAAGGAGAAGAAACUCUACAUUGUAUUAAUCAGUCUUCAUGGUCUGAUUCGUGGUGAAAAUAUGGAGCUUGGCCGUGACUCGGAUACAGGGGGGCAGGUUAAGUAUGUAGUAGAACUGGCGAGGGCUUUGGGCGCAAUGCCUGGGGUUUAUCGAGUUGAUUUGCUAACUAGACAAGUGUCAGCACCUGGUGUUGAUUGGUCUUAUGGUGAACCAACAGAGAUGUUAAAUCCUCUUAAUGGCGAUGACUGCGAAAGUGGUGAAAGCAGUGGAGCCUACAUAAUUCGUAUACCCUUUGGCCCCAAAGAUAAAUAUAUUCCAAAAGAACUCCUCUGGCCCCACAUUCCCGAGUUUGUUGAUGGUGCAUUGAGCUACAUUUUACAAAUGUCAAAAGUUCUAAGUGAGCAAAUUGGUGAUGGGAAACCUGUGUGGCCCGCUUCAAUUCAUGGACACUAUGCAGAUGCCGGAAAUGCAGCUGCUCUUUUAUCUGGUGCUUUGAAUGUUCCAAUGUUGUUUACGGGCCAUUCACUUGGACGUGACAAACUAGAACAGAUAUUGAAACAGGGACGACAAUCAGAGGAUGAUAUUAAUACCACUUAUAGAAUAAUGAGACGGAUAGAAGCAGAGGAGAUAGCAGUUGAUGCAUCAGAAGUGAUUAUUACUAGCACUAAGCAAGAGAUAGAUGAACAAUGGGGUUUAUAUGACGGGUUUGAUCCUGGGUUAGAGAGAAAAUUAAGAGCUAGGAAUAGACGGAAUGUGAACUGUUUUGGCAGGUUCAUGCCCCGCCCAAUCGUUAUACCUCCAGGCAUGGAGUUUAAGCAUAUUGUUCCACACAGUGGUGGUGUAGAAGAUGAUACCGGACAUCAAGAUGGUUCGAAAACUCCAAACCCACCUGUCUGGUCUGAGAUUAUGCGAUUCUUUACGAACCCACACAAGCCUAUCAUACUGGCUCUUGCACGACCCGACCCUAAAAAGAAUUUGACCACAUUGGUGAAAGCUUUUGGAGAGUGUCGUCCAUUGAGGGAGCUUGCAAACCUCACAUUGAUAAUGGGAAAUCGUGAUAAUAUCGAAGAAAUGUCUGCCACAAAUUCAUCAGUUCUACUUUCGAUUUUGAAGUUGAUUGACAAAUACGAUAUGUAUGGUCAAGUUUCCUAUCCAAAGCACCAUAAGCAAUCUGAAGUUCCUGAUAUAUAUCGCCUAGCAGCUAGGACGAAGGGCGUGUUCAUCAAUCCAGCAUUCAUCGAGCCAUUUGGUCUCACUCUGAUAGAGGCAGCAGCAUAUGGAUUACCAAUGGUGGCAACUAAAAAUGGAGGUCCAGUUGAUAUUAAAAAGGCUCUAGAUAAUGGGUUACUAGUCGAUCCACAUGACCAGCAGUCCAUAGCAGACGCACUUUUGAAGCUUGUAGCAGAUAAGCAACUAUGGUCAAAAUGUAAACAAAAUGGUUUAAAAAAUAUUCAUCUUUUCUCGUGGCCAGAGCAUUGCAAAACAUAUCUAGCUCGAAUAGCUUGUUGCAGACCAAGACAUCCACAAUGGGAAAGUUGUGCAGUUGGAUACGAGUAUUCAGAAUCACAAUCACCUGAAGAUUCACUAAGAGAUAUAAAUGAUUUAAAGAUCUCACUAGAUGGGGUGAUAAAUGAUCAAGGAAGUAGUGACAACGCUCAAAAGCCUGACACAAGUUCCACGUCAUUAAAGAACAAAUCUAGUGUGGGGAAGAAGCUAGAAAAUUUGGUCAAUAUGCCAUCCAAGGAGAAAUCCGGAGGAAACAAGGAAGAAUCUUUAGCAAGAAUUGGAUCUCAGAAGAAAAUUGAGUUCCCAGGUCUGAGGGGGAAGAUAUCGAUCUUUGUUGUUGCUGUAGAUUGUGGCAUGGACAAUGAUUUUGUUGAAAUCAUGAAAAUGAUCAUUGAAAUUGUGAGAGUGGACAAACAAGGGGAAAAUAUAGGAUUAGUAUUAUCAACAGCUGAGUCAAUAUCUGAAAUACAUUCUCUUAUGAAGUCUAGUAAGAUUGGGUUUUCAGAAUUUGAUGUUUUGAUUUGUAAUAGUGGUAGCACGAUCUACUAUCCAUCUUCAGAUUGUGAAGGAGAUCUUCCAUUUGUUGUGGAUACUGAUUAUACUUCACAUGUCGAUUAUCGUUGGGGAGGAGAUCAUUUAAAGAAUACUUUAGUUCAUUGGGCUUCUUCAAUAAGAGGAAGAAAGAAAGAUAAAGAACUCGUUCUCGCUUGCAAUUCAGGAUCUGAACAUUGUUUUACAUUCAAGAUAAAGGACCAAGAAUCUAUACCACCAGUGAAGGAUCUUCGUGAGUUUUUGAGAAAGCAGUCUCUUCGAUGCCAAGCUAUAUAUUGCCAAAACGGCACUAAGUUGAAUGUGAUACCUAUGGUUUCUUCUCGAGCCCAGGCUCUCAGGUACUUGUAUGUAAGAUGGGGUAUGAGCUUGCCAAAUGCUGUAGUUAUUGUGGGAGAAUACGGGGACACAGAUUAUGAAUGUUUACGAGGCGGAAUACAUAAAACUUUGGUAAUAAAAGGAGUUUGCGACGCAGCUCGAAAGCUCCAUAGCAAUAGAAGCUAUCCUCUUGAACAUGUAAUUACAUCAGAUAGUCCUACAGUGGUUCAAGUUGAAGAAUGCACCAAGAAUCAGCUAAGUGAAGCAAUGACCAAACUAGAAGUUAUAAAGGUUUAGAUUUUUGCACAAUAUAAUGGAUUCCAAAAUCAUAGUUUUGUUGCUUUUUUUCUAGCUCAAUUACUAUUUUUUGUAGCUUCUUGUUUUACAUUGUCGAUUUUAUUUUUAAUUAGCUAGAACAUGUAGAUUGACUGUUUAUAAAAAAAUCAAUACAUCAAAUUUUCCAAAAGUAAUGUUCCUUGAAAUCUAAU